AUGUGCGUGCUCACUGCUGGAGAAGAAACAAUUGCGCGCCAGGGUUACGCGUGCGUAAUACGUGGAUUAGCCCAUGACACACUGGAAGAGUCAACAUUCACCCCCUCCAGUGUUGUCGUCACGGCGCAGGCAGCCAAUCAGCACACCCAUGCUGGCACGAGCAGCUCAUCUUCCUCAUACACACUACUACAUUGCGCAUCCUACAUGCCUACCUAG